AUGGACCGCGCCCGCAAGGCUUUUGAAUACGCUGAUGUAGAGAGAAAAAACUUCCUAACGAAACAUCAGUUCAAAGUUGCGAUGACCGCAGUCUUCGGAUAUUGUCCGGAAAAAACUUAUGUGAAGAUGAUAUUCGCCAGAGAUACGAACCCCAAGGGUUCAAUCACACUAGAUGAAUUUAAAAUGUGCGUCAGAAAGAGUCUUGAUGGUAACAAUAAUGCGGUGGAUCCGGAAUUCCUUUUUAUGCGCCUCGAUAAGAAUUUUAAAGGCUACCUGGUAUUGGAGGACCUUUUGACCGCGGCAAAAGACGUGGAUCUGCGAAAAUCUACCGCAAUUAUCGAGAGUGCUUUCAAAGAAUUCGAUCGUUGCAGGAGAGGAUUUAUAGGAAUGGACGAGUUUAUAGCAAUGAUGCGACAUCAAAAGCUGAGCUCUUACAGCUCGUUCAGUUCAGAUUACUCUAGAUACUUAGUCAGAGUAUUUGAAGAGAUGAUGAGGGAACUGCGAUUCAAUGAAUGA